AUGCCUCGAAGAUGGUUAAGCGCAACGGAAAGACAGAGCAGCCUGGAAAGACAACGACAGCUUGCUGCUGAAAGUAAACGCCGAUAUCGGUCAUCUGAAUCCUAUCGUCAGGCUGAAAGAGUACGUGAUACAGUCGCUCAUCGACUGUUGCGAUCCCAUCCCGUUUCCACAGCUUCGAUGGGGAAUGCUUCUGAUGAACCCAGUACAAGUCGCGGUCUGCAGCAAACAGCUUUAGGUAUUUUAGCACUAUGA